GAUGCACUCUACCAUCAGUCAUUAUCAUUUAUCGGGAAAAAACACGAAAAUAUAUUCAAAAUAGAGGACUUUCUUCACAGGUUGGGCAGACACUUGGCUCUUUCGACUGGUUUGUUAGAAAAAGAGGUCUAUGAUUCUUGCCUUUAGAUAUCGCAACGGGUUUUUUUCUGUUCGUGUCUACCGUCGAUAAAAUCCUCAUAGUUUUUAUUCACUACUGCUCAUAAACCACGAGACGAUUCAGAAAAUCUUAAAGAGAAGCCUAAUGUGGAUGGGAUUUACAUCGACGGCGGCAAAAACUCUUAAGAAUUAUAUUAGCGCUGACCCAACCAUUUUCUGAGGAUCAGCCCCGACAGCUCUGCGAAAAGCGAUGCAAAUUACGCCCAAAGAAAGAACACCUAAUACAGUAACUCCAUAAUGGAAGAUCACUAUAGACGAAACGUGCAUCAUGGCCUUUGAUCAUCAACAAAAAUCUCUGCCUACUUCGAACCAUGCGAAUACUGCUAAUUUUUAUUCGAACCAUAAAACUUUGAACAAUGCACCGAACACUCCUAGGCAUCUUCAACACGCCGCACAUAAUCAAAAUUUUCAAGCACCACCUUCAUAUUAUCAUUACCCAGACAGAAGCUACGGCCCACGAUUUGGACUCAUACGAGGGUACCACAAAUAUUUGUACGACCCGAGACCUCAGCAGGAGCCUUGUUGCGAAUGUCCCCCUUCACGCGCAAGGAAAACACAAUCGCCAGACGGCUGCAACUGGGGUGUUGCGUUUGGCUGUAUUUUGCUAAUCAUUGGAGUCCUAGCAAUUCUUAUGGGAUUUUUGGUUCCGCAGAAACCCUCCAUAGCUAGAAACACACAUUUAACAUCGGAGGAAAGACAUGAAUUGAGCCAAAUUAAUCUCUUCAUAGACGUUUUUGUGAUAACAGGACUUGCAGUCCUCUCGAUGGGGGGUUUGCUCAUUUCUGUUGCCUUGUUGCUGCCUUUACUGAGACGAAGGACCGAACCUUUCCACGACGAGCCGAUUAAAUACUUCGGCAGCGAGGUUUAUGUGAAGUCCGAACAAUUGCCGAUGUCAAAGUCGGGGAUGCCGACAAUAAACUUAGGAUUUCACAAGGAUAUUGUGCCUGGAAACGUCGCUCUGCGUAAAAUUCAACCAGAAAGUGUGAAAAGCGAACCUGUCGACUUAAUUACCCAGGCAAAUUCCCCGUAACUCUGAAAAGCACUUUGAUGAGACAUAAAAUCUGAAUGAUUAAUACAAUCGUUUUAUUUACUUA